AAUUUCUGCACUGUUUUGUCCUUUUUCGUACCUUUUUUGUACCUUGCAAAUAAGAAGACAAAUGUUCGAGGAGUCGUCUGCUUUUCUGGGAGUUUUUAAAAUUGUUAUUGUUUACGUCCGGUAAUUGUGACGUCUACAGAAGCUACAGAGUAAAUACACACCAAUUAUCAUAAUUUAAGAGUUUUCUUAUCAGCGGGUAGCAUGUGUCUGAGUGCAGCCCAGGCUGUUAUCUCUUCACACCCUCACAGCAAAUGUUUACAGAAGCGAGCUCUUCAUUUUGUCAAAAUUAGCGUUUGCAUUUCUUGAGACAUAUUUGCUCAUCAAGAUGCAUGUACUGCUUCUGAAAGAGCCGAGAGAUAGAGAUUCCGGACCUGACCCUUACAUUAAGGAGCUAGCAUCACGUGGACUUAAAGCAACUCUAAUACCUGUGCUGUCCUUUAAGUUUGUCGCCCUAAAUGCUUUGACUGAUAAGCUUUUCCAGCCAGAAAAACAUGGAGGUCUCAUUUUUACCAGUCCACGAGCGGUGGAAGCUGUAAAAAUGUCCUUGGAAGGAGAGGAAAGAAGGGAAGAAUGGAAUGCCUCUGUAAAAGACAAAUGGAACACAAAGUUGGUCUACGUUGUUGGAAAAGCAACGGCUGCAUUAGUCCAAAAUCUGGGCCUGAACUCAUGUGGCGAGGACACAGGAACAGCGGAGAUUCUGUCACGCGUCAUCAUUGAACGUGAGAACACAGAUAUUUUACCGCUUUUCUUCCCCUGUGGCUCCAUCAAAAGAGAGGUUUUGCCCACGGCUCUCAGAGAAAACGGCCUGCCUCUAGAGACUCUGACUGUCUAUCAAACCGCUGAACAUCCAGAUCUGGAGAAGAAUCUAAAGAACUAUUUCACAGAACAGGGUACUCCAGCCUGCAUCGCUUUCUUCAGUCCAUCAGGAGUGAAAUUCUGUCUUGAGCUGGUACGAGAGCUGUCAGGUGAACAGCUGCCUCAGAUUAAGUUUGCAGCAGUUGGACCUACGACGCGAGAUGCUAUGACAUCGGAAGGACUGUGUGUGAGUUGUACCGCAGAAAAGCCAACAGCUGAACACCUGGCUGCAGCCAUAGCCAAAGCUCUGGAGUAACCAUGCACCAAACCCACCCAGUAUCUCUUUUUGUCUAUUUGUACCCGAGGCCAUCAAAAUAUGGCCAUCGGCUAUUUUAAAGGCUUUUCAUCCGUCCAGUUCUAUUAUUGCCAGGGUCUUCAUAUUCACAGGGAACAUUCUUGGGACACAGACCUUGGACAAGUUCAAAGAUGGCUAACCUUGACCUAUUUUAAGGAGAUAAAAAGUCUUUCUGUUUCAAUCUGAUCGGUUUUGAGUGAUGGGGGUGACAAUCAGAGUAGACCUGCACCGUGACGUCAGUCGCUGGUCUCUACAAAGCUGCUUUGUUUUGUGUGAUUAUACACAUUUGUCAUAUAUUAUGUAAAAACUAGCGAGAAAUAAACACUUCUAAAACUGAAAAACGCUGUUUUUGUAACCUGAUAACACCUCUGGAAUCGUUUACACAACAUUUUCAGACGUUAGCUUCCACACUUUCACUAACUUCCUAUGGAGUUAAAUUUGUCUCAGUAACUGCAAAUGCACAGAGGGUGAGCUACAAAUAUUCCUUGAUUUACACAACAUGAACAAAUGAUUUGAUUUGAACAUGUACAAAUUGUACACAAGACAGUAGGAUCUUAAUAAUUAAACAACUGCAAAUUAUAAAGAACGCAAUGCUCAUAUGGGCAAGGGUAUUUUAUUUUUCUUAUACUGUUACACUUUAACUGUCAAUAACAUGCACUCUUGAAAUAGUUCAUGGUUUUGUGUCUCAAAAGCCAUAAAAGAUUAAAUGACUACAAUAAGAAUUGUAAUGUUAAGUUUGUGUAAAGUUAAUAAAAUCCUUCUUUUAAAAUUG